AUGAACAAAGCAAUACUUAGUGUUAUCUUUCUUGCAGCUUUAACACUUCAAAACACUUCACUUUCUCUAGUGACACGGUACUCCCGUGGUGUUCUUAAAGAGCAGUACUCGAUCGGUACAUCGAUUCUCAUGAGUGAACUUGUCAAGUUAAUAAUAUCCAUUGUUGGUAUAUAUAUUACAAACCGCGACAAGCACAUUUUCGUUCACUUAAAGUAUUUAGUCGUCUGUUCACUUAUUUCCUCUGUUCCUGCCCUCAUUUAUUUCUUUCAGAAUAUAUUGUGUCAAGUCUCUUUGGCGAAUAUCCAACCAGGGUUAUAUUCCGUAUUAACUCAAGCAAAAAUAUUGUCUGCUGCGAUAUUAUCUGUUCUCAUAUUAAAUAAAAAGUUAACAGCAACACAAUGGAGAGCAUUAGUUGCUUUAGUCAUUGCAGUUAUUACCGUCGAAGGUGCAAGUCGAGCUUCGAGUUCUUCCGAGUCGGGCAGCACUGGGAGUUAUUUCAUCGGUGUUGGUGCUGCUUUGUUAGCUGCUACUGCGAGUGGCUUUAGUGGUGUCUUCAUGGAGAAGAUAUUAAAGAACAAAGUCGAGAAUGGUCCAAAACUCAAUGUCUGGGAACGGAACUUCCAGUUGUCGUUAUAUAGUAUCCUCUUUUGUAUCGUCAACUUGUUCUUAUUCGACGCGAAGUCGACAUUCACUUUAGGCCUUUUCCACGACUUCUCUUACAUCACUAUCAUCAUGAUCUUCAUCACUUCAAUUGGUGGCAUAUUGGUCGCUUUAGUGAUGACUUACGCAGACGUUAUCGUGAAAGGGUUUGCUGUGUCCGUUGCCAUCAUUUGCACGACCGUCAUGUCAUACUUCAUAUUUGAUGCGCCAGUCUCUUUGGAAUUUGCUCUUGGCGCAGUUUCGGUGUUAAUCGCUAUUGCAAAUUACAACGAUAAAUGCGCGUCGUGGGAUUACCAGAACAAUCCACCAUUUCACGAAAACGACUCAAAACUGUUAUCGAGCGACACAGAAAAGAGUGAAACGGACAUUCAAUAUAAUGAAAAGAGUCCAGAGAUCCGUGUCGGGGAUGAGACAAAGUGA